UUGCCGUCUGUAUUGCAGGAGGUUUGUUUGUUUACCUUUGGCAGUUCAUGUUAGCAUUUACGUCAGACGACACCUAACAGAGAUGGAACAUGCAAGCAAAAGGGAAUUACUGGUUAUUGUAAACAAACAAAAGGAUCAAUUAAUUCGAUAUGAAAGUCGCCUGCGCGAUGUUGUCACUGCAUAUAAGGGACUGAUUAAGGAAAAAGAAGCCCUCGAAGCCAGCUUGAAAGCCUUAACUGUAUCCAGUACGUCUGACAAAUCUACUCGGGCAGAAAACAAGACCAGUAGCAAUGAAACAGAGAAGGAAGAGACCACUGCCAAUAGUGCUUUCACUUCGGAAGUGGAGGUUUCUCCUAAGGAAGAAACCAAUCAAAGUGAAGAAACUGUUGAACAUCUGCAUUCUCAGCUUGCUACUCUGAUGAACUCUCUUGCUACACUCUCUGCUGAGAAAUCUCGAAUGGAAGCAAGUUUUCAAGCAGAUAAGAAGCAACUCCGUUUUGAAAAAGAAGAGCAUGAGAAAGUAAUUAAGGAGCUACAGGAGAAAUACCAACAGUCCUUACGGCUUCAUCAAUCAGAAGUUGAAAUUUUAAGAUCUAAACUUACUACAGAACGUCAUGAACGAGAGAAGGAACAGAAUGAUCAUGGUGUUAUGAUUAGAGAACUGCAGAAGCUUUUGGCAGAAGAGCGCCGAUUAAAAGAUCAACAGGAAAAUCAAACAGAAGAACUAAGAACCAAGUUCACUCAAUUAGAAUCACAAUCUGGACAGAAGGAACAGUAUGAGAAGAAGCUUAGGGAUCUUCGUAAUGAACUGGAGGCAACUCGUAGGAAACUGAAGCGAGCAGAGGCCAAAGCAAAGGAAACCCCUCCAUUACUGUUGGAACUACAGGAUGAGAUGGCCAACAUGAAACUUCAACACCAGGCAGCAAUAUUUGAGGAGCAAAAGCGAGCUGCUGAUGCAGAGGAACGUGCCCGACGAUUGGCAACUGUUCAUGAAGAGAGGGUAGCAAACCUUGAGGCAAGACUGGCUGAACUGUCAGAAACAGUUGGAAACUAUGAUCGCCUAAGACAGCAAGAUCAAAUGGCCAUCCAAAAACUAAAAGAACAUAUUGCACAAGUAGACAUCGAGCAUUCAACUCUUUCUCGGAUAACACCUAAUAUGUCUGUGAUAGACUCAGAGGCAGAAUUAAAAGGGAAAAGUGAAGCAGAUCUGUGUCUUGAUGUACAGACUUUGGUGGACAAGAUCCUUUACCUUAGGGGACAACUUGUUUUGGCCAGUCAGCGUGCAGAGAAACCAGUCGAUAUACAUGAUAUCCUAAACAUUAAUGACUCCUUGGGCUUUAAAAAUAACGAUGAACAUAAGUCUUGUCAAGAAGAAUAUCAACAACUGAAGCAUGAGUUUGAACAGUACAAACAGUCACAACUACAACAGCCUAAUAAUUUAAGGAUGGAAGAGAGUUCAGUAGUUUCUUCGUUACAAACUCAGGUGAAGACUCUCAAAGAUCGAGUUCGCAUACUCAACAGUCAGUUGGAAGACACUGAUGCUGAGUGGAAGCAGAAAGUUGACGAUCUCCAGCAGCUUUUAAAAGCUGAGAAGAUGAAAUGUAAGGAAGAGCUGGCUGCAACUGAGAUGGACUACAGGGGCCGCCUAUCUUUGUUGGAACAGCAGCUGCAAAAACAAAGGGAAAGGUCUCUCAGUUUACUGGAGGAAAAAGAACAAGAAAUUCAAACUCUGAAAUCUACAUUUCAGAUGUUCUUGCCUGGAAACAUGAAACGUGGAUCUCCAGCAGAGUUACUAGAGACUAAGGAAACAGGUUCUGGAUCAGGAAAUGUGAUAGAUAGUUUGACACAGUUCAAUGAGGUGAUUAGAGGUCUGGGCCCCACAGGUGGGGGAGAAAAUCCCCACAUGUUACACUAUGCACAUGAGCUGGCUAGACGAAAUGUUGAGAUAUCAAACCUACGUAAGGCCAAGCACCAGCUUGAAAGUGCAUUCCGACAAUUUCAGAGGGCAGCAACCAUUGAGGAGGAAAAACAUCAGGAAGAAACAAAUGAGCUCAAAGAAGAAGUGGCAAGAUUGCAACGCUGUCAAUCACGUGAGGGAGCCAAUCUUGAAUACCUGAAGAAUGUUGUGCUGAGUUUCCUGCUGUCAACUGACUCCAGUUCCAAAAGACACAUGCUAAAUGCAAUUGCUGCUGUCCUCAAAUUCAGUUCUUCUGAGAUGGAACAAGUCAGCUGCACUCAUAAACCACCUGUAUAAGGAAAUAUUAAAUAAGGAAAAUCAAAGCUGUGUGGCUGUUAUACAGGUCCAUUUACAAAUGUUAGGUACAAGGUUCCAGUAUUCUUUAAUGCAGAAAUGAAGACUAUAAUUUUUGGACAAACACUACAGACAGGAGACAGUAUGAAAUGAUACAAGAUGUUUGGUACACCAAUGUGAAGUAUUAUAAUAAGACUUCGAGAUGAUUCUUUGCAUAGGUCAUAAGCAUAUUCAGCUGAUAUAUAUUGAGCCCACAUGAUCAUCUUCAAGUUUUGCAUAGUAAUUAUGUACAGAAAAUCAACAUAGAGUAUUUCAUGUUGGAGAGAAUAUAUUUUUAUAUAAAUAAAUAUGUGACAUGAAAUCUAUAUUUAAAAUAAAAAGGCAUGUGUAUAUUUA